AUGCCUACACAAGAUGAGCGCGCACCGCUAUUGCAGCAGAGAUAUAGCGAAGAGGGACAGCCUUGUACACAUCUGCGUAUCGAAGACUUACCCAGCGAUGAAAACCCACGAGAAUGGACCAAAGGCCGGAAAAUGGCAAAUGUGGCUGUCAUAGCCCUCAUGUCAAUCCUCAGUCCCCUGGUCUCAUCUAUGUUCACGCCAGGUAUUGCACAAAUCGCCAAAGACCUCAACUGCUCCACAACCGCUGUCAUCGGCACGACGACUGGCUUCGUAGUUAUGCUAGGCAUCGGACCCUUGAUUCUCGCACCUCUAUCUGAGACGUUUGGCCGGAGGAAAAUCUAUCUCACAUGCUUCUGCAUCUUCACGCUCCUCCAAAUUCCCACCGCACUUGCGCCCAACAUCGCCUUCUUGAUCACAGUACGAAGCAUCACAGGGUUCUUCGGUAGCGUAGGCAUUGCAAAUGGCGGCGGCACCAUAAGCGAUAUGUUUUUGCCCAACGAAAGAGCGGGUGUGUUUGGCUGGUAUCUCCUUGGUCCCCUUCUAGGUCCCACCCUCGGACCCCUGUUCGGAGGGCUGAUCGUCCAACGACUUGGCUGGAGAUGGGUCUUUUGGAUCAUGACCAUCGUCUGCUUCAUCAACACGCUUGCUGGAUACUUUUUCCUCCGCGAAACGUACGCACCCGUGAUUCUGAGCGGCAAGAAGGCAGAGUUCGAGGCGCAAACGGCUGAAUGGGAUGCCACGAAGUACUCGUAUGAAGGCGAGGAUGCGCGACCCCUACGCGAAAAGAUUUCACAGGCUUUGAAGCGCCCUCCGAAGAUUUUUGCGCAGCCUAUUGUUGCUGUCAUGGCGGUAUAUCAGGCUCUCAUCUUCGGCACUACGUACAGCAUCUACACGAAUAUGCAGCCCAUCUACGAAGAUGACUACGGGUUUUCGACUGAGCAGGUUGGGCUGCUCUAUCUCGGACCAGGCUGUGGCUUCCUAUUUGCAGUAUGGUUUCUUGUCCCACGCAUCGAUACAGUGUACAAGUCACUCACAGCCAAAAACCACGAGAAAGCUCGACCUGAAUUCCGCCUGCCGCUGGCUAACAUCGGAUCCGUCUUUAUCCCAAUGUCUCUUUUCUGGUUUGCUUGGGCAGUCGAGAAACACACGCACUGGCUCGUCUCUAUCGCUGCGACAUUCUUCUAUGGCAUCGGACAGGUCAUGAUUCUCAACAGCACGCAGAACUACUUUAUUGACAGCUUCGAAAAGUACGCUGCAAGCGCGAUAGCAGCUGGUACUGUUUUCCGCAGUGUAGUCGGUGGCAUUGUUCCCAUCCUUGCGCCUGCGCUGUUCGAGAAGUUGGGCUAUGGCUGGGGUAUCAGUACAUUUGCAUUCGUGAGCUUACUCCUUGCACCCGCUCCGAUCUUGUUUUAUAUUUUUGGGGAGCGACUCAGGGAUCGUUUUCCCGUAAGCUUGUAG